GCUUGAUUUGUGCAAGACGUCAAAGCAAAGCUGUUCACCAUUACCAAACGCGGACUUGGUCAACCUCCAGUUAAGGCCUCCAUUCCAGUCCAUCUUGUUUUAGCCCAUCUGUGACCUGCUUUCAAGUAGAAAAAGGGACACAGAUGAGGGAAAAGAUGGAUUGUAGUGAGUUCUAACCCAGGCGUUUUUCCUCAUUUUCUUCGCACUUGGCUUCGUUCUUUGCGUCAUUUUUAUCCUACACAGGGACACCUUUUGGGAGAUCCUGUCCAGGGAUCCUACUUCUCUAUUUAAGGCUUGUUCCCGUAAUGUGCAUCUCCAUUCGUCUCAAGAAGCAACAUCUCGAAGGUGCUGUUUUCCCAUAUGAUUAAAUAAAAAUAUUAAGGGGAAACAGAUGCAGAUCCGAGAUAAUGUCGAAGCUGUUUGCCCAUAUUCACUCAGGGGAAAACAGAUCUGAAUUCGAGAUGAAUAGACUGAGUCUCGAGAUGAAACAGGGACAGGGUGAGCUCUAAUCUAUCCAAAGCUCACCACGUCGUCACAGAGGAAUACAUUUUGCAACUACCCUUGGAAAGUGGC